AUGAUGUCACUAUGUAAACGGCGGAUGAGUGAGCGGUUUUAUUCACAAAAUGGCAAGUACGAGGGACUUAUUCAUCGCUCAGUAGAGAAUGUCAAUCAAUUGCUUGAAAAAAGUGAUCGUUCAUCGUAUAUUUUAGCACAGUAUGUCCCCGAGCCAGCAAGAAACACGUUCCUAGCAAUACGGGCAUUCAAUUUGGAAGUCAACAAGAUCCACGAUGGUGGGAAAAAUGUCAAUUCCCGAGCCUUUCAAGCAUCAAAUCAAAUGGCUCAAACUUUGCAAGUAUCAACUGCUGAUUUGAAGUUCAAGUUUUGGAGUGAUUUGGUAUUGCGUGUAUUUACUGGAGAUGCUAAUACCAGCUCGCAGGAAUUGGGUGAACCAAUAGCCAUGUUGUUGAGAGAUGGUCUACGAAACGGUUUGAAUUUGGAUAUCUCUUAUUUCCAGCAGUUUUUGCAAACAAGGAGGCAUUUUAUCAAGAACAAUGCCAUCUUCAAUACCACUAAUGAUAUAUGCAGUUAUGGGGAAGGAACAUAUUCGCAACUUAACUACUUAACUCAGGGAUUAUUGCUAUCUCCGUCCAUUUCACCUUCGUCAAUAAAAUUGUUGGAGCUUUCAAAUGAUUUACAAACUCUUGUCACAGAUAUUUCAGCACAUAUCGGACAAGCCACAGCUAUAGCAUCAAUGAUCAAUGGAUUGCGUUUCUAUGCGUCAUCAAGAAACCAAGUGACUUUGCCCGUUGAUUUAAUGACCAAGAAUAACCUUUCUCAAGAAUCCGUUUUGAGAUUGUUCCAGGGCCACAUAACCGAUACUAGUGACGACGAGUUUGAAAUUAGAGAUUGCUUAAAACAAGUUGUUUACGAAACAUCAAUAGUUGCAAAUGAUCAUAUGUUAACAGCACGGAAGAAACUAGCCGAUUUUAAAGUUCAAGUUAGAGAUGUUAUCAAUCUGCAUCGUAAAGAUGAACUAUUGCUGAAAUAUUCCAAAAAUUGGAGAGGUAACGUUCCCGAUACUAUAUUUACUCCUAUGAUGAUUGGAAUUCCUACAAGUUUAUACUUGCGUAAAUUGGAAAAAUACGACUUUGAUAUAUUGAAUCCAAGAUUACAACAGAGAGAAUGGAGAUUGGCUUGGACUUCAUUUAGGGACUAUUAUAAAAGAACCAUAUAG